GUGUGCGUGGUGUCGCUGGGCUUCAGAAUGCCGACGGAUGCCAACCAUGGCGUCCAUUUGUUACGCGAAUCUGCUUGUAGGAAAAGGCACCAUGCGGCAACUGUAGGAUCGCCCAAAUGGCCUCUGUGUCUCGGCACAGCUUUCGCUGCUGUAGGCCUAUCCAUGGUACAUCUGCCUUCGACUAGGGCUCUUCAAAUUCGAAAAGUUUUCGCAACGAAGGUCUUGACCAUAGAGAAUUACGGAACUAGUUCCCAUCUUGAUGAUUCACUGGUGGGGCCCGUUGGUUGAUGUAUAGUGUCUCAGUAUUUGAGACUUGAAGUUAGUGAUUCCUUGUUUCGCUCCCAGGAAAUGGUACAAUGUGGCUUAGAUUUCCUUGAAAGAUAUGCUCGUUGGAGGCUGUGAAGCGAAUCAAGGCGCACUGUCAAUGUGAAGUGAUUAAUUGUGGUAAUCACAAGGAGUGCAGUCUUCAUUGUUGUAGGAAUUUGUUUUAUUUGUGAAUUCUUGUCUGUUUUAUUUGUAGUUUUAGUGGGUUACGUCGGAGAGGAGGCCGUCGCUGUGGCAGACUGCUUACAUCUGCUCUAUUCAUUUUGUUGAAGUUUCUUUCACGCGGAGAGGUUGGUGUGAGAGAGAGAGUGAACGUGAAAAGAAAGGUUAAAAUAUUGUAACUUUUUGGAUAUGGCGGCAACGAGCGCUUCUCUUCUGGUCUUGCCCAAGAUUAUCAGUAGGACAGCUGGGUCAAUUUCUACGACUUCGAGAAGAAGUCCAACCUGCUGCACAUCAUUGUCAUCAUCUUUGAGAUUUUCUGGUUUGACAUCGCCUCUCUCAUGUCCGGAGCUUCCGUUUUCAGGCAGGGAACCGAAAGGUCUUCGCAAAGGCCAGAAUUCAGCUUCUAGUGCUAGUCGUAUUAUUUCUAUGACGAGUAGUAGGUCAAGUAGCCCUACGCCAAGCUCUGGCAACUCCAAUAAGAUAGUGUUUGUGGCAGGGGCUACUGGACAAACGGGUAAGCGCAUAGUAAAAGAAUUGCUAAUGCAAGGAUAUGAAGUGCGAGCAGGGGUCCGUGAUAUAGAGAAGGCUAAGGAAACACUUCCUAAGAGCGACAAUCUUGAGCUAGUAUUGGCAGAUGUAACUGGAGGAGCGGAUUUGCUUGGUAGAGCCAUUGCUGGUUCAAACGCAGUUAUAGUUGCCACUGGCUUUAGGCCUUCGUUUGAUAUCACAGCGUCAUGGAAGGUUGACAAUAUUGGUACGAAGACCAUGGUUGAUGCCUGUCAACAAAGAGGCAUCAAAAGAAUGGUUCUCAUAAGUUCGAUAUUGGUUAACGGUGCUGCUAUAGGACAGAUCUUCAACCCCGCCUACAUUGUGCUCAACAUUUUUGGACUGACUCUCGUCGCUAAGCUUCAAGCGGAAAAAUAUAUGCGAAAGUCUGGUAUUGAUUAUACUAUCAUCAGACCUGGAGGCCUGAAGAAUGACCCUCCAAGUGGGAAUAUAUUACUUGCGAAAGAGGAUACUCUUUUCGGAGGUUCUGUCUCUCGAGACACUGUAGCGAAGGUUGCCGUGGAGUCUCUCAGGAUUCCUGAAGCAUCAUUCAAGGUGGUGGAGCUAGUAUCAAGUCCUGAUGCCCCUCCCGAGUCUAUUCAGAAGCUUUUUGCUAAGCUAAAUUGAUCAGAGUUUGUAUAGGUUUCAUACCCGAUUUGAAUUGCACCUCAACGGUCAGUAUUCAUGAAUUAAUGACGAUGAAGAUAUUGCUUGUUGCCAUGAGCACUAUUCGGCGAUGAUGUCAUGUUCUUAUUAUGUCAUGCGAACUGCUGAAUGUGAUAUUUGUGCCUACGAGCCGAAUGUUAAGUGGA